CUUGGCUGCGUAUAUACUGACAACUCUAGUACGUCUCCAUAAUCAUUUCAUUCAAAUUUCAUUAAGAGGAGAAAUGAAAACGCUUUUGUAUUGGGGUUGGAGUAGUCUCGCAGGACUCAUUCUCUUCAGCAUUCUUGCACAUGGGGAAAUGAAAACCUUCAACGAGUCCAAUGGAACAAAUGCAAAUGUCCUGAUGGUAGGACUCACGCUCGUCCAAGCCGCUGCUGCUAAAGGAGCGGUGUGUCUGGAUGGGUCAGUGCCUGGAUAUCAUUUGUGUCGCGGGUAUGGUUCAGGAGCAAACAACUGGAUCAUUCAGUUGCAGGGAGGUGCAUGGUGUGACAGCAUACAAAACUGUCAGAGCCGUAAAGGGAGUGGUUAUGGAUCAUCUACCUUAAUGGAGAAAGAGUUGGCAUUUUUAGGAUUACUAAGCAAUAAAGCCGCUGAAAAUCCAGACUUUUACAAUUGGAACAAAGUAAAAGUCCGGUAUUGUGAUGGUGCAUCCUUUGAUGGUGACAGCGAAAACAAGGCGGCACAACUUCAGUAUAGAGGAAAGCGUAUAUUUUUAGCUGUCAUGGAAGAUUUGAUGGAAAAGGGAAUGCGUCAGGCAAAACAGGCUUUGCUCAGCGGAUGUUCUUCUGGGGGUCUUUCUGCCAUUUUACGAUGCGAUGAUUUCAAUAACUUGUUUCCUCCUACCACCACAGUAAAAUGCAUGAGCGAUGCUGGCUUCUUCCUCGACGCCGUUGAUGUAUCUGGAGGUCAUUCUUUAAGGCGUAUGUAUUCUGGUGUUGUGAACACUCAGGGUUUGCAAAACACACUUCCUCCCACUUGUACAAGCCAUAUCAAACCAUUUUUGUGUUUUUUCCCUCAAUACAUAAUCAACCAAGUCAAGACCCCGUUGUUUAUUCUCAACUCGGGAUUUGAUUCGUGGCAGAUUGGAAAUAGUUUAGCCCCACCAUCUGCUGAUAAGAGUGGCAGUUGGCAUAACUGCAGUUUUAGCUUUAGGUGCACUGCCUCUCAGAUGCACUUCUUAGAAGGUUUCAAGAUGAGCAUGUUAGAUGCGUUGAAGACCUUUUCGAAGUUUAGCAAGAAUGGAGUUUUAAUUACCUCGGGAUGGGCUCAUUGUCAAGCGGAGAGACAAGAUACUUGGUUUCCUGGAUACUCUGGAGCGGGCAAAGCUAAGGGGAUUGCUGUGGCUGUUGGAGAUUGGUAUUUCGAAAGAACAAAACAGAAUAGCUCAUAGACUAUGAUUAUCUUUGUGACAUUAACAAGAAUCGUCAUUAUGAAAUGUUUGUUUUACUUCAUUUCCAUCAACUAAAAUCUAGGUUUUAAUACAAAGGCAGAGAAGAAAUAUACAUGUAGUUGUGUUGUAUCACUGUCCUUAUCAAUCAAUCAUAUAG